UGAUACGAUAUUCGUGCAGUACAGCGAAGUGCUCUCUCCGAGAAUCAAAACUACACUUCAAUGGAAAUUUGGAGACCUAGGACCGUACGAGGCGAAGAAUUUAACAGCUAGCGGCAAGUAUAGUUUCCAGUUUAAAUUGUCAGAACUUGACAGAUGGUCGCCGAUCUACACAUAUGUAUUGCUUCCUGACAUGCCGGAUGUCAUAUUCCGAGAUUUCAGAGAUGGUACUCUCAAAAUUGAAUGGUUCAUCAAAAAAGACAAUAGAUACCGGGACACUAUUGAUAAACACGAACUAUCUUAUUACUCAAUUUAUAAAGUCGACUGGAACUACUGGAGAAAAAACGACUGUGUUGUGACUAUCGAAAUUCCUUUAUGUCACAGAAGGGAUGCAUUUGCCAUCACAUCGUUGUAUAAAGACUCAUGCUACGAAAUACGUUUUCGAGCGCAUACUUCGCAAGGUUAUGGAGAGUAUUACUAUCAAAAAGUAUGUCCCGAAUCAUAGCUAUUAGUAGAGCCGCUAUAUAUACAGGUCGACGAAUGAGCUUAAGUUUAGCCAUUUUCGAUCGGAUUUUUCAUUGUUGCGGAGCUAGGGUUACCAGAGCAAAGUUUCGGGUUUUGCCAAAUUGGCCAAAUAUAAUAUUUUAUUUAAUAAGCAAUUCACAUGCCGUUAAUAAUUGCGGCAGUGAGAAGCAAAGGGAUGUAAGUGGCAAAAUUAAAAAUUUGGAGGUAACAAGUACACAUGGUCGGUGAACUUCUCCUCUGUCUUGGAGCAAGAUAUGGUACUAGUAGCCCUGGUAGUCGUUGCUAUACAGCAUGAUUUAGAAAAACUUUUCCAUGAAAGCCUACCUAGAGUGUUAUCUUUAAAAGCGUUUUACUCAAAACUUGAAAAUGUCCGCUUACAUCCCUUUGCUCCUCACUGUCUCAAUUGCUCGCAGUGAAAAAUCACCAAACGCGAUAACUUGUCAGAAAAGUCAACCGCUCAAACAUGCGCUCUGAUCCAAAAUGGCUGAAUCCCUGAUGCGUCGACUCAUAUACAUAGGGUAUUUAUCUGUUAGCUGUUAUUUACGAAAAUGUAUUCGAUAGAUAUUGUUGUUAUAAUAAAGUUAUCA